CCCAGGCCCAUGCAAUAUAAAAGGGUGUCCAAACUGUUACUCCCACUUUCGCGGUAAUUGUUGUUGCGUUCGGUCGCUAGUUGAAGAUCGACUAACGACGCAUGAGAGAAGUGGAGGUGUUUGGUACCGCAAAAAGUUCGUUGAAGACGGCGUGAAAAGUCGGGUAAAGACAAGACUGAAGAAUAUGACGGCGACGGCCGAGACGGCGUUCUCGUUCAAACCGGGGGAUCUGGUCUUGAUAAAGUGGAACGACAGUAUGGUCUAUUUCGCCAAGAUAAAGAAGAUCGACCAGCGGCGGAGAAAGUGCACGGUGGUGUUCGACGAUAAGUCGCAGGACGAGGCCGACUUUAGCCAGAUACACAGCGUUGAUGAAACCACGACUGAUAUAAUCUGCAUAAAGUGCAAGAGAGAUGACUCUGACACACCCAAUGAGAUUGUUCUGUGUGACAGAUGUGGCAUAGGCUAUCAUCAGAAGUGUCACUCUCCUCCCAUCCCGGCAAGUGCGCUAGAGCUGGACACUCCGUGGAACUGCGCCUACUGCCUAAGGGGAGUCAAGUGUCCCUAUCUUACGGAGUCCCUCGAUGUCCUUCAGAACCUAAUCUCUGACGAAGAGGGGCAGUCCCAUGACGAGGUGGACAGCAUCACGACGGCGGAGAGCGAUGAGGGAGGGGAAGAAUUCACUGCCCCCCUCAUUUCUCACCACGGGAAAUACCUUGCUCCACCAAAAAUCCCAAAAAAGAGGGGAAGGAAGCCCAAAGUGAGGCGUGGUCCAAAGCCCAAGGAUCGGGCCAAGUCGCCACUGGCUCUCGAUGUCCACCGCUUCAAGAAAGAGGACUCGAUAGAUAGCGUGGACUUGGUGGUACCCUCCGGAGAACCCGCUGAACUUAACUCCUCUGCAUCGUGUGCUACUGCCCAGCGUGAGAUGCAGCUACGGAGGAAGAGGGCGCAGGUUGUAUCGCCGCCGACCGUCCAAAAGAGGCCGCGAAAACCCUCUGUCCAGUCGCAGACUCUGUCAGUGACUCGGAUACCGGGCUCCGUGGUCACCAGAGAGGGGACCGCUAACUCCAGGCCGGAUAUCACAGAUGAAAGUCACGAGGAAGUGAACCACGAGGCGCGAAGAGGCGACUGUUUUCUGCCCGGUCCCAAGCUACCGGCCCCUGCACCGACUAGCAACUCUCAAAGUGGAAGCUCUCCGCUGGCUUUUCCAGAGAGAAAGCCGCGUAGUCUCAGAGUCUCGCUCAAUCUUCCAGACGAAGUAGAGCCCGGGUCGCCCAUGGAGAAGGUAAUGAGAUCCCAGAAACUGCUCUCUCCAAAAUUUGCCAUUUCUUCCCUGCCACUGUGGGACGACGAUCUCGGACCCAAAACCGCCGUGUCGAUUUCAACCGCCAACCCCCCAAUGAUCAAGUCGCCCCCUUCAUCUGGGGGUAAAAUCGUAACUCUGAGCUCGCACAAGGGCUCCUCGGAGAGCAGAAGUCCGUCUCCCAAGAGAGAAGGUGGACCACUGACUCCGUUCACAGCCUCUGCUCUCCCCCUGCAGGCAACACCGAAAACUUCGGAAGGGACGGGAGAUAGAAAAAGAAGGAGCAGAGAAGACAGGGAGGACGUUGUUGAGGAUUCACUCGUCCCCAAAAGGCCUAAACCGACGCUCAAAUCGCCUCCAAAUUCCCCUCUGGAAGAUGUCUUUGUUUCACCUGUCAAAGCUGAGGUGGAGUCGAUUUCAAACACCUGUCCAAGCUCCAGGGAAGCAGCAGCAUAUACGGUUGGAACUCACGCCCCAGACUCAGGCACUGCUGUUGCCAACCUUGAGAAUUAUGGGCAGUCAAAGAUAGUUUCUCUGGGCCCAGCUAUUCUCCCACAACACAAUGCAGCUCCAGUUGGAUAUGGAUGUACACAACCACAGGGAGAGGGCCCCACUCCGCACCUGCCCACCCCUCAAAAUGACACACCCUCUGUUGUUACAGUCCAGCCCUUGCCAGCAAACCAGGCAUCUUUAGGCACUUCCCCUGUUAACAGUCCCCCUCAUGCUAUCAAGCCAGCAGUGCCAUCUAGAUCAGAGGGGGCCCAGCCUGCUGUUAUAAAGUCCACACCAAGCCAGGUCUCCAACCCAAAGAGCUCUGCUCCCCCUUCUACCACAGUCAAGAUCCCCUCUAAUCCAGCUGUGGUUGAAACUACCCAUUUCCCUGUGUCUCAAAAUCCAAGUGCGAGCCUAGCUAGCUCUCAGCCUCCACGCACUACAAGUGGGGCCACUGCAGUGUCUGUCAUCACAUCUCCUACUACCGCUCUGACCUCAGCCUCUAGUUCGACCAAGCAGAAACCCUUCCCCAAAUCCAAAGACAGUGACAUCAUCAUCACUGGUGUGGAAAUUAGACCUCCCCAAACGUCUUCUGCCGGUCCCUCUGAUCUCCAACACACACCUCACUCUACUGCUCGACAAAGAAGUGUUUUAAGCCCAAUAGUCUGUUCUUCUGUGACAAAGGUCUCCACUACAACUUCCCCAGUGGCUGCCACUUCUCACCCCCAAACUUACUGCCUGAGUGGAAAACGCCAGAUGGCUGUGCCUGGUAACAGAGUAACCUCCAAGAUAGUGGGUUUGAAAACUCCUGUGCUUCAACAACCUCCUCAAAAGUCUGUACCCGGAGCAUCUGAAGGCGCCAAACAGAUUCCGAGCAGACCUGAAGCUGGCCCCAUUCUGAGUCAGACUCCAGUCUCUGUAGCUACCACCCCUACUGGAUACACUUCAACAGGCGGUGGUACCACUCCAUACACCAUCAUACCAACAGACGCUGUGGUAUCAGGAGGGCAGGGUGUAACAACAGCCAUCGCUGUUCCGCCACCUUUUACUACUAGAGCUAUUAAACCAGGGACUCUACCAAUCAAGAACUCUGUGGUGCCUCCUCAUACGGCCGCUGCCCCUACCAUUCACUACAUAAUUGAGCCACUAGGACGGGCAGCUACGUCUGUAAUAUACAGCCAAACGACAGGGGUGCCUGUUGUUACCCACACCCAGCCGAGCUCGGCUAGCGUACCAGUCUACCACACUGAGAUUGCAUCUAGCAAAUCGCCAAUGCCAGUCACCACAACAAAACCGUAUGCCAUUGUGUCAGCGCAACCCACAGCCUCCAUUGAAAUCCAAGGAAUUGCAGUCAAUCAACAGGGAACACCCCUCAUUAGCCCUCAGGUCCAGUUGGGAUACGGUCCCGUGUCCACCACACCCUACAUUCAAACUGUAGUGACUCCAAGUUCCAAUGCAAAGCGUUCAAUUCAUACUAUGGCUGGCAGCUCAAGCAGCGCCAAACAGUCUAAGAUAUCUGAAAUGGCCCGAAUGUCGCCUACUGCAAAGAGCUCUUUGUCGCACCCACAAACCCACGAAAAUGCGCAGUUGGAAGAGAUUGGGAAAAACAUCAGUGAUGCCUUUGCCAGUUCAAGUGAACAGAUGCUCAUUGCGGCCUUUGAAGACGCUUGGAAAAAGUUUCAAGCCAACGGGAAGAGGUACCAGGCACCCAAAAGCGGCAUUAGGAAAACGGGAGGGCAGCCAGAGACCGGUGGAAAACCGAUCCCUCCACCGAACGCGGAGGUUGUGAGCGUCCCAGGAACAUCGUCUCGGCUUAGUCUCAUUCGACCCACGUAUUCUCGGUCGAAGAUGCCAGUCGUGCAGUCGGCACCCGACCAGCUUGUGUGUGUGCCAGCUGAUGCUGCUGCUCGUACAGGGCUAGCUGUCACUACUACACCUAAUAUGCAGCAGAAACAACAUCCAGUGCAGAUAAUCUACUGCUCCAGCCCCUCUGUCCAGCAACAAGUCUACAAUGGAGGCUCGGAAUACUCUGGUACGGCACUUUAUGCAGUCGCUCCCAAUAACGCCCAGUCGCCGUACAACAUCAUGCAACACCAGCCACACAGAGGUGGAAAGUCGAUGGGCUCCAAAGUCACCCAGGUUCAUACAUCCGGUAUUUAUAUCCCGGCACAUGCAUCUGAUGUGAGUCUGCAGAACCAACAGCCGACUGCUGUUGUGGUGGAACCUGUCGCAACUGGACGACUGAACAAGUCGAUGUACAUGCUCCAAGGAGCCAGCAGCCGAUUAUUGUAAACGACAGGGGUGUCCCCGUGCAGCAGCAAGAACAGGUAGCAGUUCAGCACCUGAGCGUGUUGAACAAAUCUCAGACAAUUGUCAUUGGUGGGGGGGAUCACCAACAAGUGGGAGGUACACUACAGCAGAAGACGACAUCUGUUGCCAGUGCUGGAAAGGCGACUCGCCAUUGUGCCUUGUGUGCCAAAGAGGCCACCUACCUCUGCUCCGGCUGCCACAAGAUCUGGUACUGUGGGAAAGACUGUCAGGUAUGCAAACACUGUAACCUCUUAUCAAAACUCCGUUUAGCUACCACAACUUUCCUUGAAAAAUGUUUUCCUCUAGAGAAAUGUGCAUUUUUGUUAAAGACAAUAAUUUUAUUACAGUUGAAGGCUUGGGAGGAGCACAGUGAAAGUUGCAGGAGCUAAUGUUAUCAACAUCAUUGUGUCACCACGCAGUACAUCACUUUGACUUUUGCCUUUGAUUAUUGUAUCCACGCUUGAAUCUCCAGUCACAAUGAUUAUACAAAGUAUAAACCCUCCAAUUUCCUCAAUAUUAUUGUUAUGCAAAAGUGUUAUCA